GCAUAUAAGUCUUAUUAUAUAUAUGCAAUUUUGCAAGUUCUCGCUUUGUUUACAUUUUGGUUGAUGUGUUUAUGGUUUAUGGCAAGCAAUUCACGCAUUGACAUAAAAUGUAAUAAAACAUUUAUGCAUAUAUAAGUAAUUAAGAAUAAGAAUCUGUAAGAUCGAAAGGCUUUACAAAAACAAAGAGUAUAAUUACGCGAGUUACAAAUUUUAAAAGUUGGUUUAUAAAUAUGUUUUCAACUAUACUACAAGUUUUGUAUUGUAAAGGUUUUUACACCUUGAAAAAAAAUAUAAGUAAAAUUUUGUAUCUCAAGAGAAAUAUACCAAAAAAAAUCUCAUGAGUAAUAAGCAAGGAUUUAUUGCUGUACAUGUUGGUGCAGGACAGCACUCGGCAUCGCUCAAAGAAAAGUAUCAAAAGUUAUGUCGAGAUGCAUGCAAAGUGGCAGCUCAGAGUUUGAAGUCUAAUAGUAAUGUAUUAGAUGCAGUGGUUGAAGCAGUAGUGGUAUUAGAAGAUUCUCCUAUGACAAAUGCUGGAUUUGGAUCAAAUCUCACAUUGAAUGGAACAGUAGAAUGUGAUGCAAGUGUAAUGGAUGGCAGCAGUUUACAGUAUGGUGCGAUUGGUGCAGUUAGUGGAAUAAAAAAUCCAGUCUUGUUGGCAAAGCGUUUGUGUGAGCAGCAAUCCAUUAAAUUUGCAUAUGGCAGAAUCCCACCUAGUUUUCUGGUUGGAAAUGGUGCCCAUAUUUGGGCACAUGAGAUGGGCAUACAAAUCUUGCCACCAGAACAGUUAAUAUCAGUAAGAGCUCAAAAGAUAUACAGACUUUAUAAAAGGAAAGUAGAAAGUUGCAGUGCAGAAGCUCAAAAGUGUGCUAAGAAAAGGAUGGACACAGUAGGUGCAAUAUGUGUUGAUGAUAGUGGAAAUAUCGCUGCGGCUUGCUCGAGUGGUGGCAUAAUCUUAAAAUAUCCUGGAAGAGUUGGACAGGCUGGAGUAUGGGGCUGUGGUGCCUGGGCGUGCAAAGAUACAUCAUAUUCGGUAGGCACAAGUACUUCAGGUUGCGGGGAGCAUCUUGUGCGGACUUCGUUAGCGCGGACAGUCGCAGAAGCUAUUUCGGACACGUCUUGUCCGACUACAAGUUUGCAUCGAGCUAUGAAUACAGAUUUUAUUGAUUCGAAAUUUCUUUACGGACUUGAACAGAAACUUGGUGGCGUUAUUGCUAUGCGAUAUUGCCCAGAAGAAGGAUUAGGCGAUUUUCUUUGGAGCCAUUCCACAAAUUCUAUGAUAAUAGGUUAUAUGAAUACAUGUGAACAUUCACCAAUGAGUUAUAUGUCGGCCCUAUCUUCUGAUGAAGUAGGUAAAAAAGCUAUUGUCGAAGGUGUCUGCUUUAAACUAACAACAGGACUUGACAAAAUUUGAGAAUGAUUAUAUAUGUCUCGGAUGUAAUGAGUUUGUAUAAAUAUUAUUUAUAAUCUAAAAUACUUUAUAUACAAAAUUUUUAUACAAAAUCAUGUUUAUUUUAUAAAAGGUGUAAAUAUUACCUAAUUGAAUAAAUUUUCCACGAUCACAAUCUCUAUAGCAAACAAAAUUUUAUAUUACUUUACUGUAAAUAUAUCAAUGAGUUGUAAAUCGCCUAGCGGUCUGUAUCGGAUCUUAGUGAUGGAUAUAAUUUUUCUAUUAAAUUUAAUUUUCUUAGUUUUAUUUUAAACUGUGCGACGACAUGAUUUAAACGGAAUGACGAGAGAUCCGAAUUCGACCCCCCCCCCCCUCAGCUGAGGUAUUGUUUUUCGCAAUAAAUUUAGUUUUUCGGGGAAGGUGGGAUUUUAAGAUGCUUUCGAGCAUCGAAAUUUAGCUUAGUAACUGUGCUUUAAGUCUGACGAAUCCUGUCGGUGCGCAGUAUAAAAUAUAGCUAAAAAAAAUUAAAUUUAAUAGAAAAGUCAUAUCCAUCACUAAGAUCCGAUACAGAACGUUAGGCGAUUUACAACUUAUUGGUAUGUUUAAUAUAUUAUAGUCGGUUAGAAUUAAUGUACUAAUAUUGUUACUUUACUGUAAAUUUUAUACUAAAUUUUAUAGUUAACUUAUGUAAAUACAAUCUUUAUUUACUAUUAGCAUGUGUAAAUACAUGUAUAAAUAAAUCCCGAACAGUUUAAAAUAA